GAAACAGGCUUCCGUGACGUCGGUGCUCGCCUUUGCUUUAUUCUCCAACGACGAGACUCUCCCGGCGGCUCCCCUGUGCACAACCUCGCGGUUGACAACACCAAAAUGGCAACAGCUGCACCAUCACUUACCAACCCCUCCCUCACUGCAGCAGUCUGCAGCCUUGAGCACCAAGCCUGGGCCGCGCUAUGCAGUUCCGGCCGCGCCCUACUACCCCUCCUAUCGCGCAACCCCGUCAUGAUUUUUCCCGGAGACUACAUCCUGACUGCAGUCUCGUCGCCGACCGUCCACGAGAUGCUGCAGAGUCUAGAAUUCCAGCCAUGGAACGACUACAAACUCAGCCAUGACGAGGUUGUGCCACUAGGCACGGACAGCGCGAUGAUAUACUACCGCGUCGAAGCGCAGCGCGCGGACCAGGCGUUCAGAGCGAUUUGCUCGAGUGCGUGGGUGCUGGAGGGGCGGGAGUGGAAGAUGGCGAGUCAUCAGCAGACUUUAAUCUAAGGGUGGAAGCUGUAAUAGUGUCGCAUACAUAACGCUGCUAUGAGUGUUUGUACAUAACGGUGUUUUUGGCAAUGAUACCCGCUUCGGAUCAGCCUGAGUAUGUUUGCGUUUAGCGACGGUGUAGGAGGUAUCCUGUGGCUGAUGAGCCCUUGUACCACAUUGUUUACCUUCAGAAUGCCCAUGAUGCGAAUCUAUAAUUGACACAUGCGAAUCGAUGCUAUGAACUGAUGGUGAUUCUUAGAUCUCCACCUGCGCAGCUAAUGCUAGCGCCCGUCGAUGACGCAGUGAUCUUCGAGCUCUGUGCAUUACCUAGUCAGGAACGCACCGAGAAAGAACGAUUC